AAUAAAGGACGCAAUUCUCAUGACGAUCUACUACUACAUAGGUACAGUACCUUGCAAGCACUAAGCAAAAUCACUCUCUGCCUCUCCGAAAAGAGUAAGAGUUCCCAGCCUUGCUUUCGCAUACAAGAGAAGGAGUAAUGGCAAGCACCCUUUGCACCAAGUUGAGAGAUGGUAAUAGAGGAGCAUGGACAGCUGAAGAGGACCAAAAGCUGGCUCGAGUCAUUGAAAUCCAAGGUCCAAAGAGGUGGAAGAUAGUUGCAGCUAAAGCAGGUCUAAAUCGAUGUGGGAAGAGUUGCAGGCUGAGAUGGAUGAAUUAUCUUAGACCCAAUAUUAAAAGGGGCAAUAUAUCUGACCAAGAAGAGGAUUUAAUACUUAGGCUUCAUAAACUCAUAGGAAACAGGCAAGUCUCUUGUUCCUGAUCUGCAAGCCAAGGUUUAAGAUUUUUUUUUUUUUUUUUUUUUAAAUAAGAAGCCAAGGUAUA